GAGGGCCAUGAGUCAAAUGAAAAUAAAUGAGGAGAGGCAAGCUAUAUAUCCAAACCCUUCAUUCAUCCUUUACCAUCAGCAUUUUUUUUUUCCCUCUCUCUACUUCCAUCUUUCAUUGAAAAAUAGAGAAUAAGCCCACAAUAUAGACAAAGUCUAGAGUUCUACUAUUGUAAUUAAAAACCUUGUUGCACUAGAGUUAUCAUCAUCUUCAACAUUCUUUCUCUCUCAAACACAUUUACCAUGGCUGCAGACUCCAACCAGAGAAUUAUAGUGGAGAAGAACCCUUCAGAAUCGAGGCUGUCUGAACUGGGCAUCAAGUCUUGGCCCAAAUGGGGUUGUUCUCCUGGGAAGUAUCAACUGAAAUUUGAUGCAGAAGAGACGUGUUAUCUGCUGAAAGGGAAGGUGAAGGCUUAUCCAAAAGGGUAUUCAGCGAAUGAAGAUGAGGGGUGUUGUGUGGAGUUUGGGGCUGGAGAUCUUGUGAUCUUGCCCAGGGGGCUCAGUUGCACUUGGGAUGUAUCUGUGGCCGUUGAUAAACACUACAAAUUUGAGUCAACUUCAUCAUCACCAUCGUCCUCAUCAUCCUUCUAGGAUUUUCUUUUCUUUUUUUUUUUUUUUGUAAAUUUGAUUGUAAUAUUGUUGGAUGAUGGAUGGUCAAAGAUAGAGCAAGCAAUUGGUCAAUGCAUGUGUCCUGUUCAAACUCA